UAAAAUUGAUAUCGAUACUAUAAUAUUUCUUAAUAUUUUUAUAGUCAAAUUGUCCAGGUAUUAAUGUUUACAAUUACUCUUAACAUGGCGGAAGAAAUACCCCGUACAAAUGCGGAAAUUAAAUCAGACGAUGCCUUUUAUUCCGAUGCUAAAGAUUACUGGGCCAACGUUACACCUACUAUCGAUGGAAUGUUAGGGGGAUUCGCCAAAAUAUCUCCAACCGAUAUAAAUGGCUCAAAAAUAUUUCUGCGGCCCUUUUUAAAGGUGUGUAAUUAAUUGGCCCAGCCUUCUACUUCUAUCUUGCCUUCUAUUUCUAAUUUUCUUACUAUUAAUUAUUAAUAAUUAAUUCGAUUAAGUUAGAGCCCAAGCCUAUUUGAUGGUAAAUUUGAACUCUCCAUGCCAUGACAUUUCACAUGGCCGCCAUCUGUAAUCUUGCAGUUCAGGUGCGUAUAUUAUUUCUGAUUGAAUUUCGUGUUAUCGCAUGUAAAAUGGAAAAUUUUAGUCAAAAUGGAACCGGAAACGCAUCACCGCUAUUCGGACCGGGUCACUUUGACAAAAUAGACCUUUUAUUAAUGGAAAGCACCACCUUACCAACCCCUCCAAAUAUGAAAAAAAUUGGAUUCUUCUGCGCCAACGCCCAUAUUGCAUACAAAUUCUUUAGUAGUAUCCAUUGCUUUAUCAAAGUCAAAGUACGUAAUUAGACUAAUGUCUGCAAAAUCUUAAAACCUAACCCUAUACCUAGCCUAACCAAAGCUAAAAGGCGUGUGCGGCUACAGUUACACACUGUGGUCGUGGUAAGAAAACUAAAAAUGAAGAAAAAUAAUACAAAAAUAACUGUAAAAUAAUGAAAACCAAACUUACAGUUUAAUAGAACACACUUUUACACACUUUAUUUCAGGUUCUACCCAAAAACAAAAUCCAAAAGUUGUCAGAAAAUCAAUGAAAUACAAUAUCAAACCCAUUUUCCAAAAUGAUAGAAAAUUUAAAUAUUAUAAUUAAAAAUUAAAUUAACUAAUCAAUUAAAUUUUAAAAUUAUAAUUAAACAACCAGUAAAAUUUUAAUUUAAAACAUUAUAUCGUGGUAAAAGUUAAAUAAAAGUUAACUCAAGUACAACACAAAGGGGAGUGAAUCCAACACAGAAACUUAACAUAAACACGUAAAUGACAUCAUGGCGCGGGUUGUCUAUUUUUUGCCAAAUUGAUAAAUAAAUGCAUAUCUUAAAUUCAGUAUAUAAAUUUUGGGGAGAGCAAUGCUACUUUAUUGUAUCCAUCUAGAUAUUCUGCAAGAAGCGUCAACAACCUGCAGUCACCCCCUUUCCUUGCAUAAUUUCAGCCAGUACAUGUUCCUUUCCCUCAACUAAAACACGUGUGCAGCGACAGUUACAUACACUGUGGUAAGAAAAGUGUAAGAAAAACAAUACCAAAUAAUUUUAUAAUAAUGAAUACCCCAACUAACAUUUACCAUUGAUAGAAUACACUUUUACAUACUUUAUUUGACAUUCCACCAAAAAGAAAAUCCACAAGUUUUCAGAAAAUCAAUUAUUUUCGGACAACUGUAGGCAUACAGGGCACUUGCAUCUGGCUGUGCGGAUGAUGUGUUAAGCUCAGUACAGACUAAGAGUAUAGUCACUUCACUGUCUUCAGUCCAGCAGUGACUUCAUUGGCACUACUCGUAGUACUUUUAUGCAACUUAUGCGGCUUUGCCUGUUUGAGAAAAUUAUAGUUAACUAAUGCAAUAAUAUAUAAAAUAAGGCCCAAAUUAUGUUACAGUGAUUGAUAAUGGUGUGCUUUUUAAAAAUUAGAUUUCAUUGAUUUAUUAAAUCACAAUUUUAUAUUUCUUUUUUUUUUAAAGAUAACUGGUGGAACUGUGAUAGCCAAACAUGCUUUAGACUGUGGUGCUGGAAUUGGUAGAGUAACCAAACGGCUCCUGCUUCCUAUUUUUGAGACUGUGGACAUGGUUGAGCAAGACAAACACUUUUGUGACAAUGCCAGAGACUUUAUCGGCCAAGAUUCUAAACGUGUUGAAAAUAUAUUCUGCAUGGGUCUACAGGACUUUACUCCCAAGGAGGAAAAAUAUAACCUGAUAUGGACUCAAUGGGUAUUGGGGCACCUCGAAGACAAUCAUUUGAUUAGCUUUUUUCAGAGAUGCAAGAAAGGUUUAGCAGAAGGUGGUGUGAUCAUUGUCAAAGAAAAUGUCCUCGAGGUAGGGAAAAAAAUGUUUGAUGAGUGUGACAGCAGCUACACAAGGACUCGUGAAGAGUUGAAAUCUUGCAUAACCAAGGCCGGAUUAACUAUAUUGGCUGAGCAAAAGCAAAAAGACUUUCCCAAAGAUUUAUACCCAGUGUAUAUGUUUGCUUUGAAAUAAUCAAAAUUUUACGCUUUUUUUUUUCUCUUUUUUUUUUUAAUGCAAUUGUAUGAUGAGUGAAUGCUUAAGAAUUUUAUUUUUGAAAGUGUAAGUGGCUUUUACUGGUACUGAAUGUUGACCUUGUGCUUAAUAUAAAAAACAUUUUUCCAGUAAAUUUUAUUUUAAGUUUUAGAAGUAAAUUUAAGAAGCUAUUCUAUUAACCAGAUGCGCUAUAAAGUACGGUAUUAAUGUUGUCAUUCUCACAAGGGAAAAGGGAUUAUAUCAUUUUCAUUCUGAACAGUUAGUAAUGGAAUCUUAUUUUCGAACCUGUUUUAUCAUUCAUCAUAUGGGUUGAUCAGAAAAUUGACACCCUGUCCAUCAGUUGCUAUCAACAUGUCGGAGUCUGAAAAGUACAUGUCCGGUACUCAUAAUCAUAACUGGUUAUUUCCUAAUUAGCUCAUUGUCUGUUCUGAUUUGGAGGAUGAGAUCUUUGCUUAUGGUACAGCGGUAUUUACUCUCAUUUUAUUUAAAAGUAGUGUUUUAUGAUUUAUAUCUGGUGUUGUGAAUUCUACUUUCCUCUCUCCACAACUGUGUAUUAUUCAAUAAUGAUACGUUUCACAAUGUUCAGACAUCAAAGUAAAUAAACACUCAACACAUUGUUCUCUUGUAAUGAGCAAAGCUAUCUUAUGCACCGGAACACAGUCACAGAAAAAACAUUCAUUUUUGUGGAACAAUAAAAAAAAAAGUACAUUAAGCAUUCAUCCCUCAUCUAGUCGCAGAGCAAUUUCAAAAUUUGUAUAGCUCAUGCAAGGAUAUUUCCCAUGGCCCAAAUGUGUUUCUUCCACCCUACACAUUCUCAGGACCACAUCUAUCAAAAAACAUUUUACCAAUCCUUCAUAAUUAUCAACAUCUCAGGACUUAUGAGACACUGCAUCCAAUUACUGCAAUAUAGGAUGUACUAACCCACGUGAGUGGUGAUUUUUGAACUUUUACGCUAAAUAAUUUGUUUUAAUGCAUGCUACUAAUUUUUUGCUACUGCUGUUUGGCAAUAAUCAACAAAACGCAGCCGCCCAAGAUUGAGAUAAAAAUAUGAGAUGAAAAUCGUCAUUGGCUUAUUUAUGGG